AUGAGAGAGGACCAAGGAUUGAGAAGCCACGUCUUGAGAGGGCUAGAGUUGAGAAACCACGAUCUGAUAGGCCAAGAGCUGAGACUUGUUCAAGCCCCUUGUGUGCUUGAUGAAGAGAGCCUUCAAGCUUUGUUUGAUGAGCCACUAGGAAGGGCUCUAAAAGAAGGGGAGGAUGCAGCCUCUAAGGCAAGACCAGGAGAUAAAAGAAAGGAUCCACCAGCUCAGGCCCCUUCAGUCAAGCCAUCUCAGCUCACAAUGACUUUGUUCCCCACCAAGUUUGAAAAUGGGAAGAUUGAGUACAAGAUAAGGUACAAGGGGAGAUCAAGGCCAUUCUCUAGAGCCAAGGCCUUGGUGACUUCAGAACAGUCCAGGGACCCAACCAAGCUAAAGGAGCUUCUGUCUCAAGUCCUCACUAUCACCCUUGAUGGUGUCAAAGGAGCCAGCUCGACCGACAGCUCGAUCGAGCUAGAAACCAGGGCAACUCGAUCGAGUUCACAACUCGACCGAGGUACUUUAGUGAAGCAACAAGUUCAAGAUGUUGAGAGUGAGGGAAGCCGCAGCUUCACAAGAGAAAGGAGAGAAGCAAGCAAUGAGAGAAAGGAUUAUAGAUGCAAGGAUUUGGAGAUGUGA